AUUUAUUUAUAUCAGGGCAGAGUAUAUCGUCUGCUAGGUCGCGACGUAUGUUCAAGGAGUCGAACAUGUCUACACAUGCAUACCCUGUGUAGUUAUGUAUGUAGUAGUUAUUGCGGUGCUACAUGAUUAUGGCAUUAUCUCUGACGGCAACAGUCCUACACACAUAUAAAUACCGAUGUAAUUGAACAGCUGACGAAUAGUUAGAAUAACCUAAAGCUGCUGAUGUAAAUGAACAACUAAAAAAUAGUUUAGAAUAAUCUAAAGCUGCCGAUGUAAAUGAACAACUGAAUUAUAGUUUAGAAUGUCCAAAAGCUGCCGAUGUAAAUGAACAACUUCAGGAUAGUGCUGUAUCAUAUAAAUAUACUGUUGUCGGUCUCGUUCCCUAACCUUAGUCUUGUACAAUUCAGUGAAGGAUUAAAAGUGGCGGCAAGGUCCAUAUUUCCCAACUUAAGCUGGUGACUGUAAUAUAGAGUCACAAUUAUGGACACAACGAAACGACAUUCUACACCCACAAGAUGGCAGAGAGUGCUGUAUAAAAAGCAACCGUAUCCAGAUAACCACACCGAUGACACCUUUCUGGAACACAUGCGAUUGAAUACGCACACACAGAGCUACAAUUAUUUCGAAGCGCUACACUCAACCGGCAGUAUAGGGAGACAUCUGAGCAUCAUUACUGUGUAUGUGAGCGUGUUCGUGUAUAUGAUGCGGAAAGAUGUGAGUGCAGAGGAGCUCUUGGCGGUAGUGUUUGUGUUGGCGGCUGUGCUGUAUGGGCUUCUGUCAUACUUUCGGUAUGGCUUCGCCGAUACCAAACAGUAUCCAGUUGCUGGUGCCGAUCCUAUAGCUAUGACUGGCAGUGGUAUUGAAAACAGAACACGGUCUUGCGAACUGGAUGCCGGCGAGCGAAAACCAGGCCCAUUCAACCGAUCACAACAUAAACCAUCAGAGGGGAAUAACUCUCGCGCUGUUGGAAAUUUCGAUGUGGAUUCGCAAAUGCAAAGAAAUUUUGGUGAGCGUGAUCCCCUACAACUUCACACAGCACAUGAAGUCAGCACUCGGGGCUCUAGUUCUGAGUCACGCACAACUGCCAGCUGUAUUGAAAAUCCAUUUGCUUCAACAACGUACAUGUCCCAGUACAUGGCUGACAAUACUCACCAUCCCGUCGUCACGUCCAUCCAGCCGGAAUACGAUCUCCUGGCUAGUGCCAAGACAUUCGUAUUGUUGUUGCUGUUGCUACUGGGUGUUUCGCCGGUACUAACCACACUGACCGCGAGCGUGAGCACCGAUUCGAUCUACGGCAUGGCUGCGUUUAUGUUUAUGCUGAAUGUGGUAAGGACAGAUUAUAGGGUGCAUGGUAGCGAUAGUACCAAGACAGUACCAGCCCAGAAAGGUGCGCUGGUAGCUCAGGGAAGCUCGCAACCACAGCGAGCUGACGACGAGGCCGAGGCCACGUACAAUACUGGUCACACGGCUUAUGAAAAGAGUGGUGUGAAAGGACAUACACGGACGCCAGGGUAUAAGCACAUAUCGACACGUGCUGCCACGACUGGCACAGGCCAGUCAGAGGCACCUCUCACACGUACCCAUCUGUCAAGUACAUCUCACGCACACACAGGCUUCGCACUCACACCUUCAGCGUACACCCCACAUCCACACAUACAGCAUGCAUGUGUAUCUCCAGCACACAAAGCUCAAGCACCCUUCUCGGUGGUCCUCCCGGAGCUCUCACUGGCCGGUAUUAAUGAGGCAAUGUUUGCGUCGGUGUGCUUAGCGUCUCGCCUACAUUCAGCCCUGGAGGGGUUCGCUCUGCUGGCCUUUGCGGUGGAGGUGUUUGUGCUACUGCCAUAUGUCGUCCGGUCAAUGUUGGGUUCGAAGCUGGCUGAGGGAAGUGCUGCAUACUCGCAUAGUCUCACAACACUCGUAGUGCUAUCGACCUUUUUGCUGCUGGUGCCCAUAGCAUCGAUGCCCGCACUCUUGACCUAUGUAUGUGCUAUGAGCGGAAUUACUUUCGUAACCCCGGCGCUUCUCAUACGCGCGCAGAAGUACAAACGCCAGAUCGUUGGUCCUUGGGACGAGGCGGUCGUCACUAACAUAGACGACACAUGAAUAAUUCAGAACAGGUGGAUGAUUCAACAGCGAGCAGCAUAUGACAACCGCUACAACUCCUACGCCGCAUGCAUUGUAUGUUUGUGGUAUAAAGACUAGGAAUAGUGCAAUGUCAGAUAGCAGUGUCAGUUAUCUAUUGGUACUGAAGAACCUGAAAGGUUCGAUAAAUGCAGGACUGACGAGUUGCUGCACUUAUUUGACAACGGAAUUCCAUCUUAUGCCAAAAAGAAGAAACGCCUAGAGGUUCAGGUGACAGACUUUAGUUGGCAUAUGCAGCUAAGCCGUUUUGCAUACCCCGCAGGCCGGUCUCUACAUUGGCUAGAUUAAGAUGAUAGUGCAUAGUGAUGGCUUUUGGGCCAGUAGACUGAUACACUCGUUUCCCAGCUGCUGGAAGUUGAUUGGUAGAUCUUCAACUAUAAAGUUUUCUGCAAGAAUUGCAAUGGACUAGUUGGUACUGACCCGAACCAGGAUGAUGGGCGGAGCUACUCGAGGCAAGAGUAGGAUCAUCACCCAGGUAAAAUAUAAGUGAUUCAGGUACACGAUUUACAGACUGCCCCUGCUUGGAGUGCACUUAUUCGUCAGUUGAAAGUCAACUUUCGCUAACCAUCUCAGUGUCCCAAAGCUUUAACGAGAUCAUGCCGAGAAUAUAACAUCGAUACACAAUAUCGAGAAAUAUAAAUUUUAUCAACACCAGGCAGGCGUUGGUACAGAGGAGCGAAUUGUUACCGUGCAUAGUGCUUGGACUACCUGCAGGUCUGAUUUGGUACGGGAACAUCAUCAAAGAUAUUGACCAAAUCAUGCAUGCGAGCUAACCCACUCAGGGCUGACGAUAUGCUCUUCCAUGGCGUCGACCUGAUGGGGAUGUUCACAACCACAAUCGCGUACAUGAACCACAAAAGACGCAUCGAAUAGCACGCUUGGUAAUACCCUGGGUUUCCUGUCGCAUUCUGAGGCGAGCAUUUGUUUGGAAAAGCGAAUGUCGCAAAGAUCAAUAACGGCUUGUAAACCAAAUGCAGUAUAUAGGACAUCAAGUACAAGAUCGUUUUCUAGCCACAGUUGGCUGUAUUCAAAUCCCUCGUACGCACUAUGGUUGGAGACGUCAUCUUCUGCAAAGACUUAAAUUCACGCGAGUAGUUGCACGUACUAUCGCGAUCUUCAUCGACUGUAGAGGUAGUUGCCAAACCAACAAGGCCCUCUGGAAUCUGGAUAGGCUAUCAUAGGGUCUCUGCUAAAUUCACGAUUUCCGCUACGACCUUGAUUUCCGCUGAGACUCCAAUCCAGAGGGCCAUGAAACCAAGGUGAUUAUCAGCAGUAGCUGUAUUCUGAUAUGAGGAUGAGACUUUAUGAAGCUGUCCAGUAUAGAACAAACAAAGAGCAGAACGUGAAAUCAUAAAUCUGCCUAUUCCAUUUUGCAGGCGACGCUUCCUUCAAGCACGCCAUACCGCAAAAGAAUACGUAGUUCAUUUUGCUCUUAGGCAUUCCACGCCUGGGAGUUGAAUUAUUUGAUUUGCUGACUCUGUGUGCCAUCGGUUAUCGCCUAUAGCAAAUUUAUAGUCGUAAACUUUUUUUUUUAAACCGCUAUAAUAUUCAUCAUUUUUUACGGUAGUAACGGGUCAACUCACAAAUGGUCUCUUUAAAACAAUUAAAUCGAAU